AUGGUGAAGUACACAAAACUCGAUGUCUUUGAGACCAUAACAGUUCAUGAAGACAAGCUGGUAUUGAAUGGGGUCACAAGCAAGCGCUACGAGCGCGCAUCACUCGAUCUCUCUGCAAAGAACGUCCUGGGUUUAGAACGCCUGGCCAACAAGGCCCCAGCUGAGUACUCGGACGAAGACAAGGAUGCCAUUUCACGUGCACAUGAUGAAAUGACAGGGCCGUAUAAUGCAAUGACAGGGGUCGGCGGCCACAAGCUUCCGGGUAAGCUACUCUACAAGAAUGGUGGCAUCACGCUCAACGAGGACGAGGAUUCCAAGCAGUUAUUCACACUCAAGCACACGUCCAAGCUGCAGGUUGCCAACCGUGAACUGCGCGUCAUAGCCAUUUCACGAGCCAAAGCUUUUAUUUACGGGCCACAUGGUGGAUUUGUCGUCAACCACAAUUAUCGCCCAGGUGAGGAGAAACUCCCAAACGAUCUGCGCCAUGCGCUCCAGAAGAACUUUGAAUUCAGUGUCAGAGAAUUCAAUCUUCUCUUCAAGACUGGCCGAUACCGUAACCUUGCUGUUCCGUUUCACAAUGCUCCUGAGAUCAAUCCAGCGCACCAUGGACGGGACAAUUUCUUCCUCACUGCCUCCUCGCUCAAGGAUCUCCACGCUUACAACCGUUGCCUGAGUCGCCAAAAUGACAUGAGUCGUCGUGUGUCCUUGGAGGAAUACAAGGCACUGCAAUGUCUCGCCACCAUUGUCGCGGCGGACAACACUCUCACAAAGGACAACGUUGAGAAGAAAUGGGAAGACCUGACACGAGAUUGCUCCAAGGCCCUCGAGUUUUCCAAGGAGGAUCUUUUCAAUGACAGCGGUUUUCGGUUUCGCACGAUGCAGCCAACCAAGGACGGCGACGGAGACCUCCAGUUCUUGGCACUUCAAGUUGGAGUAGGGUUUGUCUUCAAGACUGUCCUACACGAAAAGGAUGAUCGGCUUUGCAAAAAGGUAGAGCUUUUUGCGAAUGAUCGUUUGCACAACUCCUACCUCUUCAAUGUUGACGAUCUCCGCGUGAUUCUGCGCGGGUACUAUGUCAAUGAGAGCCUGGAACUCGCUCUUCUUAUCAAGAACGCAGAGCAUAGCAAAAUCCCGGAACACCUCAAACCAGAUGGUCUGAUUUCUGCCGGAAACAUCCUCUCCGAUGAAGAACUGCAGCUCUUGCUUGCUGGAGCCACAGAGUCUGCACUUCGUUUCACGCAAGAAGAGAUUGGCGUCAUUGCAAGUGUACAAAAGCUGCGAGAUGAGAGCCGUCCUGAGGCCAAGACUUUCCUUGAAGAAAAGCGAUCUGCUGGAUUGACCUUGCCCAGCUGGGACGACUUUGUGGAUGGAGCUUUCAGGGUGGAAGAGAAAGAAGCUGGUCAAGAAGUUGUUUCGAUUCGUCGCGGUGAUGUCUUCAAGAAGCUCGCGCCUAAGGAUGGCUUUGGCAGUGUUCUCACACGGUUGAUUGACGGUGAUCGUAUCAGCCGCAAAGAGAUGAAAAGACGACUGGAUGGCCAUGACUACAACGGACGCGAUCUCGACCUUGCCAUCAUUGCGCCAAAUGUAGUUGUCGCGAGCCCGCGAAAACGCUCUGAGGCGUACAAGGCGAAGAAGAAGAAGAAGAAGAGGGACAAGCGACGCAUCAGCGGAGCAAGCGCCGCAAGCGCCAGCACAAUGGGCAGCGUCCCUGACCAGCUGGAUCCACCACCACAACCACUGUUUCCGCAGGAGAGCGCCACUUUGCCGGUUGUUGCGUCGGCGCCAGGACCGCAACCAAUGGUGGUCCAGCGACAGAACAGUAUGGCCGGUCUUGCAGCAGCAUAUGGCCCACCGGUGGCUACUGGUGGCGGCUACCCGGCGACAAUGCCACUUCCAGGAGGAGUCGUCCCACCAAGGUACAAUGUCCUGCCCUGUGGUCGUCAAGGGCCACAGCUGUCACCCGAAAUGUUGACUGUCCAAGUCAUGGCAAACCUGGCUGCUCAAGGCCAGCAUAGUGCGCUAGUAAUGCAGGCAUCUCAAGAGCGUCGCGAUAAAUUUCUAGCGGAAGAAGAAACAAAACGUCGACAACAGGCGGCAGAAAUAGAAAAGGAACGUCUAAGAGUGGAAGCGGAACGUCUAAGAGUGGAAGCGGAACGUCUAAGAGUGGAAGCGGAAGAAGAAACUAAACGUCGAACAGUGGAAGCGGAACGUCGAAGAGUGGAAGUGGAAGAAGAAACUAAACGUCGACAACAGGCGGCAGAACACGAACUUCAACGUCAAAAGCUGUUUGCUGAAACCAUUCUAAGUCUCAGUGCAACACAACAGAACAACAACCGCUCGGAAAACAACAACCAGUCGCAAAGCAACAGCGUGUCACGAGAUGAUCGUGAUCUUAAUGCGAAGCUAGACAGCAUUUCAGCCAAGCUCAACGAGGGUGAAGCUAGACGCCAGCAGGACGAAGCAAGACGCCAAGAGUCCACCGCAGCUGUCCAGAGCCAGCUCCGUGGUCUCACUCAGACUGUGACUCAAUCUAUGAGAGCUCCUGGGCCACGCCUCCAUGAUGCGGAGAUUACUGAAAAUCUUGCUGUCCCUGGUGCCCGAACCAAUCUAAUGGGGACCUUCAACAAAGUGGCCGCACCGGGAACGACUGCAACUGGUGCCCCAGUGGAGGCUGUUUCUUCCGGUGAGAGUGGAGCUGGAGUCGUCGAUACGCCACUUCGCGCGGGGGGACCCUUCACCGAUGCUGGUACAACCACCCCAACGCCCGUAGCUGGUCGCAAUGAUCCGAUGGCGGAGACUGUUGCGGAAAAUGGUGAGCGUCCAGACAGCACGGUUGGUACGACGCAGCAAGCCACUUCUCCGGUUGUUGAUCCUCCGACCGCAACCGUCCACCAAAUUGCGCCAGGACCUGGAGCUGGCGUCGCCGACACGCCACUUAGUAGCAAUGGUCUUAUCGUGGAGACUGUCCUCAGCCCUGCUGACAUUGGAGCCAGUAGUGCGACGGGUGGGUUGUCGCCAUCCCAGUAUCAAACGCCGAUUCGGACACAAUCUACCGACACGACGGCUUUGCCUGUGGAAGCGUCAGUCCAGCCUGCCACGACGACUGCACCUGUGGAAGCCCCCGCAGCAACCAAUGGGGAGGAUGUUGUUGUGUCAGGAACAAUGGGCGCGCCUGAACAUGUCUCGGUCGUGUCAGGCUCAAGCGAAGCCUUGGCAGCCAGCUUUGAUAUGGAAGCGCCUGUGGGAGCCCCUGUGAUUGCUGCUUCGGUCCAGCCUGCCACAGUUGCCGCGACUGAAGAAGUCUCAUUGGUCUUGCCAGGCUCAAGCGAGGCCUCGGCAGCCACCAGCUUUGAUGUGGCAGCGCCUGCGGGAGCCCCAGUUGCUGUGUCAGGGACAAUGGCCGCGCCUACAUCGGUGUCAGGAACAAUGGCCGCGCCUGAACAAGUCUCGUCGGUCGUGCCAGGUUCAAGCGAGGCCUCGGCAGCAUCCGUCGAUCCGCCAAUGAGCCGCUCGUCAGAUCCACCUGGCCAGGUUGCUGGUGACGUCCUAGAAGACGAGAAAAAGGAUGACGACGAUGAGGCCCAAGAAGACAAUGAUGAAAACAUUGUUCUUGAAGUCCGUCCUCCAGAGCCCGCAAAUUGGAGUGUGGAAGCAAACGAGAGCCUCGCUUUCGUAGCCGGCAAGUGGUAUCUUGUUGUAGAAGGCGGCAAUGGCCGCAAGAUUGUCCCAUUCAUGCGGGCUGGGCGCCCUUGCCACAAUUGCCGGCGCAACCUAAAGAAGGAGGGUGGCAAGUACUGUGGUGCCCAGGGACACAGCACUAGCGGGGAGCAGCUUCAGAGCCUUUUAUGA